AUGGAAACUGAAGAUGAGGAAGCUGAUCGACUGACUGCCAUGCCGGGCUACAAAGAGCCAAGCCAAGAGGAACUGCUUGAGCGUGAACGGUUUCUAUGUCGAUUGGAAGAAGAGACAAGGGCUUUCGGGAAAAUGAAGGUACUGCGUAUUCCCUUAGUUGAUUGCUCGCAAACCCAACCAAAGUUCACCAACAUUAUCUCAGUUUUUGGUUCUUCUUUCGGUCCACUAGUUUCAGGAUGAAACUCAUGCUUCUUCAUCAACUUCGUUUCUAAUCUUGAUUAUCUCAACUUCAAGCACUCCUUUUCUUCACCUCAGGAAAUGUGGCAGGCUCCAAUGGGCGAGUUUAGUGACAAAAGCGAUAGCGGAGAGGCUUUCGAAAGUGAGGAUGAGGAGCAGUUUGAUUCUGAGGCCAAGGAUGCUGCUUCAGCGUCUGCAGGUGCGUCGGCGCCCGCCAUGAAAAAGAAAAAGAGUGUAGGUGGCGGUGGCAAGCAGGGAGUCAAUUUCAAGCAUCCCUUCCGCGCGGCAGAUUGGUGGUUUUCGAAUCAGAGCUUUUACGAGGUAUCUAUUGAGUCGCUUUGCGUGGUGGGUAUACUCUCUAGGCACAGUAAAAGGGUUCAGGACAAUUCUAGUUCUUUCUCUAGACAGUGCUAGAUGAUCACGAAAACGACUUCCCUUUCCUCAAUCUAUUUUGCAACACAGGAGCAGAAACCCUUGUCUUUCAAUUUGAUACUACAGGCGAGCAUGAAAGUGGUCAAAACAGUAGAGGACGAAGGAGCGCUAGAUGGCUUAGGAACAGGCAAACCGACGAAAGCUGGUAGAGAAACAAUCAAAGUACUACAAGAAGCAACAGAACAGUACAUGACGCAGUGGCACCAAGAUUUCUCGAGUCUGCCGAAGGACGCGCAGAGACGACGCGUUCUUGAGUGGGAAGCCGCAUAUAAAGGUGUCAAUAAGUAUGAUGCCUACUUGAUUGAAGAAAAGGAUGUGUACUUAUAUCGACAUCACCAGCGGAUUCUUUAUCGACUGCGCAACGAUAUGACGAAAGAGUUGAAAAACUUCACAUCUGAAACAGUUUGGCUAGCAUUUAUAGAGUCUCAAUGUCGUGGCAUUUUGAGGGGAGGAAUGAGGGACUUGAUUUGCACGAAGCACGUUGACACAGAAGACACAAUCGAGUACGACGCUUAUCCUCACACGUACGAUGAAUUGUGUAAAAUUGGACAGAGUCAGAAUGUACAGAGUUUUUACAAUCGUAAAGUAGAGAGUCUCCCUCUUCCAGAUGGAGAAUUGAGUAGUGGUCUGUUUAGUUAUCUCUUCACAGGUCAAAUUGAUGGGGUUCAGGCUAGGGCUCCAUGGGCGUGCCGGCCGUACCUUACAGUACGGGAAAAAGUUAGUCCCUAUUUUGCAGAUGAUGAACAUGAAGGAACAAAUGUAGCAUACAACCUAGGUACAGAAUCUCGCUCCAAAAAGCGACAAUUAGCGAAGAAGGCCUUUGAGUUGACGUCUCUUGUUGUGCCGAAGCCAUCCGCGUCAUCGUCUUCUGGGGUACGGACUUCGUCGGGGGCUGCAGCUUCAUCAUCAUCUUCGGGUGCGGCAGCAAGUCAUAGCAAGUCAGCAACAACAUCAGCGAAGAGGCCAGCAACAGCUACAACUACAAGCGCCACGUCUAGCUCUAUGUCUAUGCCUAUGGUAACGAAGACAGACGGACCAAAGAAGAAGGUAGCAAAGGCGCGGGGCCAGGAGUUUUUGCGCUGAAAGGGCGUUGGUUGUUGUCAAUAGUACUGUCAUAAAAAUGAUUUCUAAGACUGAGCACACCAGACACAGGGCAUAGCUAUAUCGUUAUCGAUAGCAGUAGCAGAGGCAUUAAUCUUUCUUGCGUGUAUAUGUAUAUGUAUUGCUUGCAGGAUACGCACCGGAUUGUUGUUGUUCUAAGCAGAGCCAUCCACAUCAAGAAUUAUAGAGAGCAGCGCGGUCUUCUCGCUCUAGUCAUUUUGGAACCAAUGGAAGUACUUGCUUCGGAGUGUAUAGGUAUAAAUAGGAACUAUUUUGCAAUCAAUAUGACAGCUGGGGUAUUAUAGUUAGAGAGACACCAUGUCCAUGUGGAUGCGAGUUGGCUCCUCACACAGGGAUAUCAAUUACAUGAACAAUCUUGAUGAACAAUCUUGAGGAGCAGGAGCGUCGGCAUUCAGAUUUCAUUUGCAAAUGCUUCUUGUUUUGCUGUGAUUGUGAGCACUUAGUACUACGAAGAAUACGGAACGUACGAAGAGUACAAGACCAGGGCCAUCAGUUAGGUGUGCUACUUCUGGUUCAUGAAAAACAAGGAUAGACAUGGACUUUUCUUCUGUCUGAUAAUUGCAUUUGAAAUUGAAAAGAUUACAACUACAAGCCCAAGCGAAGACGAAGGCGAGCGAGUGCAAGC